AUGCCGUCCCCAGACAAGGACACCCCCCGUGACCGGGAAUUGGUCCGGCAUUCAAUGACAUACUCCGAGUCUAAAGUUCCAAUGUGGGACAGUUCGGAUCCUGAGCGUGCACCUCCGCCGCUCCCAAUGAAUCCUCGUUCGAUGAGCCCAAUGAGCCCUGCGACGAGGUCCAAUGUUUCUCCCGGCAUUCAGGCAGUGGCCGCAAAAUUUACAGAGAGACCCAGCGAGCAUGCGCCGAGCUCUUACACAACAAAUCCCAUGCCACUCAAGUCAUCCUCCCCAGAGAGGUCGUUGGUCAAAGGCCAGCACCAUAAGGGCAUGCAGUCACUACAGCCUGAAGAUACCCGACAAGAUGCGCGCAGCGACUUUAUGAAUUACCUUGAGAAUAGAUCCCCAGAGCGCCCUCUUCGUGCGACGAUCAUUGAGGCGGCCAAGCCACGCGAUCCUACUAAGUCUAUCAGUUCGCCAGCGCUCCGUCAAGAUGCGGACCGGGACAUGAGCUACUCUCUAUCGAGUCGGUACUUAUCAAAGCCAAUAUUGGGAGAAAGUACUCCGCCAUCAGCUACAAUGUUAGCCCUGCAAAACAUGCAGAUACCUUUAGAAACCGACCCUCCAUCACCUUCCAAGCCACCAAAACUGAUCGCUGCACCGUUCGAGUCGCAACCCAGUCCCACCAAGCAUACGAGCAUGGAGACCCUCUCGAACCAAAUCCACAGUCUCACGGACAUUGCAAGCGGAUUGCAGCGUGAGAUGAUGAAUUUGAGCCGACGCAGCAAAGACAAUGCUACCGACCUAGUCAGCUUGAAGGCAGCAACCAACGCACGCGAUGAAGACAUUCGCAAGAGCCUGAAGGACCUGUCUUCUCAUCUUACGACCAAGUAUCUGGAUGCUGACGCUACAAGGUUUGAUUUCAGUAAUCUUUUCAAGGGUGGUGAUGGGCCUAACCCCAAGGAUCCGGAUAGUCCCGUUUCGAAGAGAAGCUACUCCGUGCCUCGCAUGCCGAGCCCUAACCCAUUCGCGUUUGAUCGCGACUCUUGCGUCUCACCGGCACCGAUUUCCGACGGCUCCGCCGCUCUCGCUUUGCUCGAAAAGGUAUUGCGCGAGAUGGCAACUAAGGAAGGUGAGGAAAGGCUCUUGGAGCUCGUUGAAGAAAUCAGAUCUCGACCCGCAGCUACCGCUUCGGACAAAGAUGCCGAUGACAAAGUCACUGUCAUGCUCGAAGAGAUCCUCAACCUCGUCAAAGAGGAUCCCGCGAGCAAAGCCCUCGUCCGAUCUUACGGCAUGGCCAAUCUAGGUAAUAUCCAGCCCGAGGAUGCCUCCCCCGAGCCGACACGAUCUGGGCCGAUGGGAUCUCUGGAUCCUGAAAUUGUACGUGCACUUGACCUUUCCAAAUCUGAUAAGGGAGAUGGUUCUUCACCGAAUUCCGAUGAAGUUUUGGCAAUUCUUAGAAGCGUCAAGAAUAGCGUUGUCGAGGCAGGUGGAAUGACCAACGGCGUGAAGUCCUUGGUACGUGAACUGCGAGGUGAAGUUCUAGGCAUGGGUCGAGAACUCGGUCGGCGACUAGACGAGAUCGAGUCCUCCCAUGCCAAUGAUGAGCCCGAGGAGCAGCCUAGAGCUGCCGGCCCAGAAGAAAUUUCGGCCAUCGUCAACCGCAGUUUGGAUGACCUCAAAGAGCAGCUGGCUGCUACUAUCAAUGAGAGUCGGCAGCAAUCGUCUGACUUGUCCGAGUUCCGAUCAACCAUGAACAGUGCCGCGAUCUACUCUGUUGUGAAAAAAGCCCUCGAUGAGCUUGAACUUCCUCAACCUCAAGCUGAGUCGCGAGGUGCUGAAAUGGACAGAGAGGAUAUUCUGGAGACUGUUCGUGAAGCUUGGGAGACCUACAAGCCGGAAAUCGAGUUCAACAACUUCGGCUUAGAACGAGACGAAAUCCUCACAUGUCUUGAAGAAGGGCUCAAGUCUUACCAGCCCCAGCAUGAACAGGCCGUCACCUAUGACCAGGUUCUCGCCGCCGUUGAGGACGGUAUGCAGAAGUUCAUCCCGCCACAAAUCGAGCACCCGCCGAGUAUAUCUCGGGACGAGAUAAUCUUGACCAUCCGUGAAUGCUUGGAGAAGCAGCCCGAGCCUACUUCCAGGUCCCUUGACGAGGAACACGUCGGUCAUCUUCACUCGAUGCGUGACGAGAUUCUCGAUGCUGUUUCAAAAGCCAUGGCGAGUCAUAACGAAGGUUCAAGGGCUCUGGACGAGGAACAUGUCAAUCACCUCUACUCGGUCCGCGAUGAAAUUCUCGAUGCGGUCACUGCCAACAAUAUACGGCCCAAGUCUUUGGAUGAGGAUCACGUCAAUCACCUCCACUCCAUUCGUGAUGAGAUCAUUGAAGCCGUCACUGGAGUAGUGACAAGCCAUGCUGCAGGUUCCAAAUCCGUGGAUGAAGAGCAAGCCAAUCAUCUAACUUCUCUGCGCGACGAAAUCCUUCAAGCGGCUGCUGGAGCAAUGGCUAUGCAUAACGCAGGAUCAAAGGAGUUGGACGAAGAUCAUGUCAAUCACCUCUACUCUAUUCGCGAUGAGAUCAUUGAAGCUGUAACUGGAACAAUGGCAAACCACAACGCCUCCAGGUCCUUGGAUGACGACAACGUCGGUCAAUUAAAUUCUAUUCGAGACGAGAUCCUUGGCGCAUUGGCCGGUUCCAUGACACAGAGCACGCUGAGCAAGGAUUCAUUCGACUCUGGCCUUGGCCGUGAUGAGAUUGUCAGUGCUGUCUCCGAUGGGCUCGAGGCCCAUUUCACUGCAGCUAAAGAGAUGGACGAGCCACGAAUUUCUCGCAAUGACGUUAUGAAUGCUGUAAAUGAAGCCUUUAAUGCUCAACAAUCAGCUCUCACUCUCGCUCAUACGAACAUCUCCCGUGAUGAAAUCUUGAAUGCCAUUGCCGAGGGCAUUGAAAAUUCAAUGAAUGCCCAGCAAUCAGCGCUCAGUACCAAUGUUCAGCAGCCCGUCUCUCGUGAAGAGAUCUUCAGCGCCAUCGUGGAUGCCAUCGAGCACUCGCGGCCUUCUGGCAAUAAUGGAGAGCCUAGUAUUUCUCGAGAUGAAAUCCUCAGUACCAUUUUGGAGGGCAUGGAGCACUCAUCAAACCGCCAAGAAUCGCAUAUCUCUAGAGAGGAGAUCUUGAGCGCCAUUGCGGACGGGAUUGAGAACUCGCAUAACUCUUCUUCGCGUGCUCUCACAUCGACUGAGCAUGAGGGCGAGGAUCAUCACUCCACUCCCUCUCGCGAGGAAAUUUUUGCCGCAAUCGUGGAAGGUAUUGAGCACUCUCAUGCUUCGCUCGGCAUAAAUGGCCAUCCUAGUGUUUCUAAGGAGGAUAUCAUGAAUGCUAUCGCUGAGGGCAUUGAGGCAUCGACAAGCAGUCAACAGUCAGCGCUCAGCACCAAUGUCCAAGAGCCGUCCAUCUCACGGGAGGAGAUUUUGAGUGCCAUUGCAGAAGGUAUACAAAAUGGCAACUCGAUCACCCGGGAGAUUGAGUUGAACCAGGACGACCUCAUGGAAGCAAUAACCUCCAGCCUCAACGUGGCGAUCAGCAAUGCAAACACCAAUGUUGGUGGGGAGAUGACGGACCGCCUUCAGUCUUUAUUCGAAGGCAUGAAGGAGGAAUUUAAGCAAUACUCGGCCGCCGGUGGAAGAGACACCGAGCAAGUCCUUGACGCAAUCAAGGAUGGCCUCGAUAUCGUCCGCAGGGAGAUUGAAACUUACGUGGUUACCGCUGCCGAUCUUUCCGGCAAGGACGAAGUAAUCCACACAGUCAAAGAAGGGUUCCGAUUGCUCCAAGCCGACAUGGAGAAGACUAUUACGGACACAUCUCUUUUGACCGCCCCGCGAGGUAAUCCGGAUACACCUGAGCUUCUGGAUGCCAUGGAAAAAGAGUUCGAGCACCUGCGAGGAACAAUCACCACUCUUCUUCUACGGAACAAUGCCACCGAAGAUAAAGAUGAGAUCUUGGAUGCUAUUCGAGAUGCUGCUGAUCGCCACAAGAAUGAGUCUAACGAUGAUGUUGUCAAUAUCAUCAAGCAGGAACUCGAAAGUCUCCGAGAGCGCAUGGAGAUGAGUGUUGUUCGUGCGGAGCCUGGUACAGAUAAAGACGAGAUCAUAUCGGCACUCCGUGAAAAUUUCGACAGCCUACGUGAAGAGACAUCGCUCAAAGAUGGCAAGGAAAACGAUAUGGUCAACAUCAUCAAGCAGGAAUUUGAGAGUCUUCGUGAGCGCAUGGAAAUGAGUGUGGUUCAUACGGAGCCCGGUGCCGACAGGGAUGAAAUCAUUUCGGCACUCCGUGAGCAUUUCGACAUCCUGCGUGAAGAGACCUCGCGUAGAGAUGGCAACGAAAGCACCUUGUCCGCGACAAGCGAGCUCCUUGAUGCAUUCACAGAUGGUGUCGACUCGAUCCGUGACGACCUGAAGAAACUGCUGGAGAAGCCAACUGAGUUCGACAGUUCCGAGAUUAUCCAUACCAUCAAAGAUGGUCUUGCGGACCUGAAGCUUGAAAUGGAUUCUCUGCGCGAAUCUAACAAAGAACUGGAUGAUGCCAGCACCACCCGUGGUGGGGAACUCAUGCUGGCAAAUGAGCCUAGCAUUGGGCCUGACAUUGAUGGUCUGAAAGUGCUCAUCACUCAGCUUCAAGAUAAGGUUGAGGCCAUUGAAACUACCCCUCGUGCCGCAGAGCCUGCCGAAGAUGCCCUCAAGCGUUCACACCUUGAUGAAGUCCUUGUUGCGCUUCACGAACUUCAGCUCGCCAUGGGUGAGAUGAGUACUCAACAAAGUACAGAGAAAGACGACAGUGCCCGAGAGCAAGACACUGAGGUUCUCGAGCAGUUGCUCUUGAGUACCAAGACUCAAAUUGAUGAGCUUGUCUUCCCUUCGCCCGAUCAGGUCGCCACCCCUGAGCAUAUUGAAGCACUGGAGACCAUGAUCCGAGAGGCCAAGGAUUCGAUUGCCGAGUUUUCUAGUCGCGUCGAAGCUGAGGCUCCCACAAAGUCUGAAAUCGGCACUUUGGAGGGUCUGAUCAAAGAGGUUUGGGUUGUCCUAGAUGAGAUGAAGAGCAAAAGCAAGGACGACGAAGAAGAAGGAGAAAAUUCAGACAAACUACUCAAGUCUGAUCUUCAAACAGUGGAGGCCAUGAUAUUUGAGGUCAAGACUCAAGUCGACGAGCUUAAGCUUCCAGAUGUGGAUACUCUCCCCACCAAGGCGGAGAUCCAAGAGCUAUCGACACUUGUGUGCGAUUUCCGAGAGACGAUGGAGGCCAGUAACGAAUUGACAGCCCAAGGCUUCGAUGCCCGCAAGGUUGAGCACGGUGGUCUUGCUGAAAAAAUCGACGAAGCCAAGUUUGUCGUUGGCGAGCUUGGGGACGAGCUCAAGAGCAAGCUUGACGGCAGCACGGAAGGUCUGGCCGAGCUUAAACAGCUCCUCGAAGGACUGGCAAUCACUGCCGAGAGCUUCACCACCAUCGACAGCAUCAAGGAGCUCACUGACCUUAUCAACCGAGAGUUCGAACGUUCUCGGGGCGAGGAAGAUGCAGUCAAGGUCGAAAACGAGGAGCGGGAUGCUGCUACAAUGGUCAAACACGACGAGACGCGGGCCGCCAUCAUCGUGGAACUUGGAACAAAGAUUGACGAGAAGAUUUCCGAGGUCCUGGCCAAGUAUGAUGAUGCGCACACCUCCCUCCACUCGAAAUUCUCGGAAUCCGAAGAGAGAGACCUGGCGCAAACUGAAACCCUGACAAGCACCAAAAGCCUUGCUGAGGAGAUCAAGCUUGUUAUCGGCGCCAUGGGUGAUACUGUUAAUGAGACCUGUGAGCGGCUAAGUGUUGAGACGAAGACUCUCAUGGAACAAGUUGAUCAGUCCCGCCAGAAAAUGGAGGAAAUGCACAGCGAUGUGAAAUCGCACCAGGAGCAGUCUCACGCGGAAAACGAAAGGGCGACGGCUGCAACUGAUCGAGUGGAGAGCAAGCUCCUCGAGUUCCACCCCCGUAUUCUGGAAUCUGUGCAGGAGAUAUUGACAAUUGUCAGCGAGCACUACGAUCACUCCCAGAAGUCAGCAGAGGACUUGAAGUCUGAAUUAUCAUCACUGCCUUCGAAUAUCCCAGCAAUGCUACCUGCGCUGCCUCCACCAGAACCAGAGCGCACACUCGCCAUAGAGGAUACUCCGCUACACAGCAAAAUCGACGAUCUUUUGGAACACGCCAGGAACAACCAGGUCCACGAGGUUUUGAACACUCUCCUAGAUCACUCGAAGAAUGACCAACUCCACGAAAAGCUUGAUCGCGCUCUAGAUCAAGGGUCUGGUUCGAAUGAUCAAAUAUAUGAGAAGCUCAACGAGUUGCUAGAUCACGCCACUAAUGGGAGUGGUCCUGUUCAUGAGAAAUUGGACGCAUUGCUCAGCCGUCCUCCAAACCCGCCGGAAUCCAAUCAUGCUGAUACUCAGAUGGCGAAGCUGGAUGAGAUGCACAGGGAUAUCAUGGAAAACUCCCGCAGAAUGAAUGAGAUGUUCGCUGCUCAGUCGGCGCUGGUCGCUGAAGAUACCGAGCGAAAGCGCCGUGAAGCCGAGGAGGCUGCGGUCGCCCUCGAACGAAGAGUCUCGCAGCGUGAGCAAGUGGAAGCGGAGCUUGUUGGCCUGCAUGAAGAAAAGGAUUCCAUGUUGAACAUGCUCCAUCGUUUAAGAGCAGAAAAGGAAGACCUGAUCAAACAAAACAACAAGCUCAGCAAGGACCUGUCUGGUCUUGAGACGGCCCUAGAAAUACGCCACGAAGAGAUGCGGCACAUGGAGGAACGUGCGGAUGGCCUCGAGAAACGCAUUCUGGAGGGCGUCCUUGACCAUGCUCGUGCCGUUCUCCUUGGGCGAUCUAGUAGCUCGCAGGCCAUGAACCUGAAGAGGAACCGCAGCACUCGGAGUACCCGUUCCUCGCGCACAGGCGCCCGCAGUCCUAGCGUUGCGAGUACUGCCAGCACUGCCAAAGAGCCCAGGGACAGCCGCAGUCUGGUCGGCAAUGGGGUCGGGAUGGCUUUGAAAAGACUGCCGAUGUCGCUUCAAGCUGGCACAGCCGCUGUGCAGCCCAACAUUGGAAAGGAACGUCGGAUUCUUAGCCUAAGCCACGUCACAGGCAACCGUGGUGUGGACCGACAGGUGAGUGUUAAAUCUGGCAUCACGAACUUGAAGCGCAGCCACUCUGUCAAAUCGAACUCUCUUCGCAAGACUUCUUGGGCUGGUCCAAUUUCCGUUGCCGACAAAGAGAACGAGCCAUUCCACGAAGAGGACGAACUUGCUAGCGAAGCAGAAGAUGUUGGUCCACGGCGGAAGACUAGUUAUGCGGAAAGCAACGCACCUACCGACCGUAAGACAAGCUACGCAGAAUCCAAUCUUGGCACCGAAACCGAACGCAGCUAUGCCCCGAGCAACGCUGACACUGACCGGCGAACAAGCUAUGCCACAAGCAAUGCAGGCACAGAGCGCAAGGCGAGCUACGCUGGCAGUAUUGUCGAUAGUGUAGUGACAGAUGUCACGGAUCAGCGUCGUGUUAGCGGGGUGAGCUCUACAAACUCAUACAGUGUGGCGGAAAGCUCAAUCGCUGAGCAGGACCAGGUCCACCACGAUGAUAUUUCUAUCGAUGGGUCCGAGUCAGAAGACGAUGCGCAGACAGCACGGGAGGAUGCAGAGCAUUCUAGCCAUGAGCAACAGAAUGAGGAUCACGAAAUGUCCCGUCAGAUUAGGGAGGCCAAUGCAGCUGCAGAAGCUGAAGUUCUCAAGCUGUUGGCUCCGUCUAGCGACAGCGGACUUGGCACUGAUAUUGCAGUUUGA